AUGGCAGUGGUGGAGGUGGAUGUGGAAAACGGUAGUGGUGUAGGUGGUGGUGGCAAUGGUGGAAGGCGGCAGAGGUGGAAGGCGGUGACGGUGGAAGGCGGUAGCGCUUGCAAUGGUGGUGGAAGGUGGAAGGUGGUGGCGGUGGUAGAAAGUGAUGGGGCAGCGGUGGUGGUGAAAGGUGGUCGCAGUGGUGGAAAGUGGCAGUGGUGGCAGCUGCGGUGGUGGUUGCAACAAAGGAAGACGGUGUCGGUGGUGAAAGGAAGUGGCAGUGGUGGUGGUGGAAAGCAGUGGGCAAUGGUGAAAAUUAGUGACGGUGGUGGCGGCGGUGGUAGUAGUGGAAGUCGAUGA